AUGACUGUCCUUCGUUUUGUUACGGUGACACUUGCUGCCCUCACCAACGUCGCCAACGCCGUUCCGACCGACGCAACCAAGCGACAAGAUAGCAACUUACCAUUCCCGCUAGCUCACUUCACCAACACAGUGGCGUCUGUACAAAACACCUACUGCGGACCGAGUGCGAACACACCUGGUGCCAAGUUUGGUGAUCAGACCUUGCUUCAUGCUAUCGGCGAUGGCGAUGCUGUACAACGCACCAACAUCUAUCACUCUGAGAGCUUGGGUAUAGUCGUUGCUUCCCAGGGCACGAACUUGUCAAGCAUUACUUCUCAGUCCCACAACAUCCAAGCUAUUCCUAUUAUCCCAGAUGCAAGACUUGGUCUGCCCCUUGGGUCAAUGGUCUUUGCGGGUUGGCAAAAUGCUUGGUUCAAGGGCUGGAGUGAUGUCAGUGCAGCACUAGCCGAGACUAUCAAGCAAUAUCCCAAUGACCAAAUCAUCGUCACGGGACACAGUCAGGGAGCUGCCAUCUCACUUCUGACUGCAUUGGCGAUUCAGAACCAAUUCGGCAAUGUUAGUACUAUCCGGGAAAUCAUUGCCUAUGGUCCCCCCCGCGUCGGAACCCCAAAGUUCGCCGAUGCAUUUGAUGCCAUUUUCCCUGGAAAGUACACGGGUGUUGUCAAUGGUGACGAUUGGGUUCCUUCUCUCCCAUCUCAACCUAUCUACCGACACCCCUCUGGAAUGGUUUGGAUCAACCCUGCCAACUCAACAUCGUGGAAGUACUAUCCCGGCCAGGAGAACCCUGACGGACCUGACUCAAGAGUAACCCAGAUGUUUUACCCAGGAACGCUGCAGUUCAACUGGGGAGACCAUCAGGGAAUUUACAUGCACAGUUCUAUGGGCACGACUCAGGGACCUUGCCCUGCUCAGGUUGGAGGAUUUUAA